GGAAGAGCUUGUCUAUACAGCGAUGGUUACGUCAGUCGUCCAACCCAGGCCAGAGUGUUGAUUGUGUUGAGUUGGGCUUGUGACUGGACGAGUGUCGCACGCUCGCGAUAUCGAGUGUUUGCAUCUAGUCGACGCGCCACCCUCUCGUCUCCCUGUGAUCGGUUGGCUGCGCCUCCGAUGAGCAUCGUGACGAUGGCUAUCAUUUGGUUGAAUACCGCUGCCUACAUAUCCAUACACUUACAGUGUACUGCCGCACAUAGGCAUGCACGAUUGGCCGGCAGAGCGCAGAGCGAGGCAAGAUGAGUGGUCUAGAGAAGUCGCUAUUUCAACUCAAAUUCACUGCCAAGUCGCUGCAGCGACAGGCUAAGAAGGCGAACAAAGACGAAGGAUUGGAGAAGGCCAAGCUAAAGAAAGCCCUCGCGCAAGGCAACACGGAAGGCGCACGGAUCUACGCAUCGAACGCGAUUCGGAAGAAGAGCGAAGGGCUGAAUUUGCUUCGAUUAAGCAGCCGAAUAGAUGCCGUCGCCAGUCGCGUCGAGACAGCCGUGACAAUGCGGCAGGUCACCGGCAGUAUGGCUUCGGUCGUCAAAGGGAUGGAUAGGGCGAUGGAGAGCAUGAACCUCGAGCGUAUCUCCUUGGUCAUGGACAAAUUCGAAACACAAUUCGAAGACAUGGAUGUACAGACUUCGUAUAUGGAAGGCACUAUGGGAGCAACAACCGCAUCAGUCACGCCACAGGACCAGGUUGACCUCCUACUGCAGCAGGUAGCGGAUGAGAACGGCAUCGAGCUCAACCACCAGCUCGGCGAAGCGGCAUUGGAGGGUAAAGUCGCAGAGCUGCAGCAAGCCGAGAAGGCCCCGGAACCAAAGGAGGACAACAAGCUCGCUGAGAGGCUACGCGCGCUUCGACCAGCAACAUAGCUCGUUGGCCGCUGCGUGCGCCGUUGUCUGUUGGGUUCAGAGUCACCCUUUCUUGUAUCAUAGCACAGAAUGCCAAUGCCGCAUACCUGC